GCCACACGUGCUACCUCUGCAGCGGCGCUGUAUAAAUGCCAGUUCCGCGCUAUCUCAUCGAAAACAGCCCCGACGAGACCAAGGUUUAAGGAACUCCGGUCUGUACCCGCCUUCCCGCCACUGCUCGUAAUUCUAUCCUGAGUGUCGCCGCACUGUGUCUGCCACCGACACCACAAUCUGCUUCUUCCCUCUCCCUGCUGCUCCGGGCCCUAUCACUUACUGCUUACUCGAUCCACCUGCCCGUUCGUGUCUCUAAGCACCGUUGACCAUGGACGCGUUCGAGAUCAACCAGCGCACCAGCGACUCUACUGACAGCAAAAACAAGGAACAGCUCUACGUCAAUGUCGAGGGAGCAAAAACAGGCGAGGGUGUCAUCACCGGCACCAUCGAGGAACCAUCCCGUGGUAUUCUCAGCCAUUUACGACUCCACAAGGCCGUCCUCAGUGCCGAUGCAGAACCCGAGGACACCCAUGCUGCACACUUGAAGCCCCGUCACCUGUACAUGAUUGCCAUCGGCGGUGGCAUCGGCACCGGUCUGUUCAUCGCUUCGGGCAACAUUCUGAAAAACGGUGGUCCCGCAAGCACGAUCAUUGGCUUCAUCAUCAUGGGAGCCAUGCUGUGCUGUGUCGUCAACGCUCUUGGCGAAAUGUGCUGCAUGUUUCCCGGCAAGUCCUCCUUCUCCUACUAUACCCGUCGUUUCACGGACGAAGCCACGUCCUUCACGCAGGGCGUGCUGUACUACUGCACUUGGAUGGUAACGUUCCCGGCUGAAGUAACUGCCGCCGGCUUCGUCGCACAGCACUGGAAAAAAGCACAGAGUUUUCCCAUUGCCGGCUGGAUUUCAGUGUUCAUCAUCUACGUCGUGGCCAUUGCCUGUUGCGGCACCCGUGGCUACGGCGAAGCUGAGUUCUUCUCUUCCCUUCUGAAAGUCAUUGCCGUCCUUGUCUUCUUCUUCACUGCCAUCAUCAUCAACUGCGGAGCCGCUCCCAAGGGCAACUACCUGGGUGCCCACUAUUGGCACGAUCCAGGCGCCUUCAACCACGGUUUCAAGGGCUUCUGUUCCGUCUUCGUCACUUCCGCCUACUGCUUGUCGGGUACCGAGGUUGUUGGUCUGGCCGCCGGACACACGAAAAAUCCACAGAAAGCCAUUCCCAGUGCGGUGAAGAAGGUUUUCUACCGCAUCGUCGGCUUCUAUAUCAUCACGCUGCUGCUCAUCACCUUCAAUGUCGCCUACAACGACUCUCGUCUGGGCACACAGUCCGGCUUCCACAACGUCACGUCGCCGUUUAUUCUCGCCAUCGAGGACGGCGGCAUUCGUGUCCUGCCCGACAUCAUUAACGCCGUUAUCCUCAUAUCCAUCCUGUCCGUUGCAAACACUGGUGUUUUCACAUCCAGCCGCACUCUUUAUGGCAUGGCAAUCGCUCGCCAGGCGCCGUCUGUGUUCGCAUACGUCAACAGCCAUGGUCAGCCUCUCGUCGCUGUCGGUCUCAGUUUCGCCCUUGGUUUCCUCGCAUACGUCAACACGACUUCCGGCGGUGAAAAGCUGUUUUCCUGGCUCACGAACAUUUCCGGCACCGGUUCUUUGAUUGUCUGGAUCAUGCUUUGUGCCUCGCACCUGCGUAUGCGUUUGGCCAUGCGCGCCCAAGGCGUUUCCGACGACAUCAUGCCGUACCGUAGCCGUUUCGGCCUUUUGUUCAGUGUGUUCGCCAUCGCUAUCAAUGCGCUUGCACUUAUUGCUCAAAUUUGGGUUGCCAUUUGGCCCGCCGGCGGUGCCAAGCCCUCUGCCGAGUACUUCUUCGAGCAGUGCAUUGGUGUCCCUAUCGGUAUUGCCGCAUGGAUCGGAUGGUUGUUGUAUCGUCGCGUCAAGUUUCCUUCUCUGCGUGACAUCGACCUCAUUACGGGUCGUUACGACCAGGCCGCUGACUACGACGAGAAGGCCUACCAAGAGGCUCUUAACGAGGGCAAGAACGAUAAGAGCACGUUGGGCCGUCUGAACAACUUUUUCUGUUGAGGGAGGAAAAGAAUAAUUUCUGAAGGCUCUGUUUCUCUCGUUGCUCCUCUUCCCACAUUAUCCGUCUUUGUGCAUACAUUCGUUUCCAUCCCCCGUUCCAUACACAGAGAAACAGCCUGUGUCAACCGUCGUCCUGCGGACAUUCGCUCUCGCGAUACCAUAAAAAGAAAAGGUCGUCGUUUCAGGCGACAUCAGUUGGCUCUUAUCCACCUCCGUUUAUUGUAGCAUUGGCUCGAGAUCCUUGGUGCUUCCGUGAUAAUUUCCUUGAUAGUUUUUCAACCUAGGGACUCAGGACUCGUCAACUUGUAAUCAAUUUAUGUCUGUCAUUUCCAA